GUCAGAUUGAAAACCCGCAUGGAUUGUUUCGUCCAUGGUCUACUUAAACAGCGGGACGAAUCCUAUUUUAAACAACAUUUUAAUAGGUACAAAGCGGGAUAAUACAUUUUUUCAGAACUUAUUUUUUGCUUGGAGAGACCGCGGAUCCAUAAGAGAGCAACAUGAGGACUUUCUUGGGCAUUUUAAUGGUGUUUAUUGUCUCUGGUGAUGAAGACAUCAAUGGUGUCUUGGAUGACAGUGUCCUACUGCCAUGUUCCUGUCCCAGCAGAAACUUGAAGAAGGAGUUUAAGUGGCAGAUGGAUAAACCAGAAACUGCAAAGAUUUUCAAACAGAGGUCUUUAGGCUUUAACGUAUUCGACGAUGAUUACAAAAGCAGGGCAAAAAUGUUUCUGGAUGAGAACAGUAACAACUGCUCUCUUCUCCUAAUCAACAUCACAAUGAAAGACCAGGGAAAAUACAGAUGCACCUUUUCCAUAGACGAACAAAAAACCAUUAUCUAUAUAAAUCUAAGCAUUUCUGAAAAGCAGCCGCUGACUGGAUUAGAAAGUGGGCCUCUCAGCUCCCAAUCGGCAUGUUUCAUGAUGCACUUCAAAACUAUUCCAAUUUUGGUGACACUUGGAUUUUUCCUGAUGUAAGAGAUCUUUAUCUAAGGGAAAUGUUUACCCCCAUGUCUUUCCUAAUCGAGGAUAAAAGGAAUGGAGACUGUCAACCUCUUGUGCAAUAUAUACAAGAGAAACCAAUAUAAGAAUGUAAAGGCACUUUCCUCUCCAUUGUGGUUAAACAUGAAUGUGGCAUCCUGCCAAGAGACUUAAUUUCAGGCAGGUUACAUCCUGUGCUCAUGCUGCUCGUGGAAUGUCAAUGAAACGGAUUUUUUUUUAUUGUUAUUUUGUCAUUUAUGGACGUGUUAGAUCAAUUUAUGAUUUUAAUGUGAGCAGUUAGUACUUCAGUUACAAACAGAGCACAAAAAUCACACAAAGCACAAAAAAUUACACAAUCACACAAGAAAAUUGAUGAAUUGAUAUGUGAACUAUUGUAGAUUCUGUAUCGGGGAAUAGUGACACUGAAGCUCAGUCAGAAUAACUGUAAUAUAUUGAAAAGUAAUGUACAUUGUUCGUUUAUUAAAUGUGAAUUUUUCUGACUGCACAUAAUGGGUUUGUCAAAAGGCAGCUAUAUACUGCUUUGCACAGGUGUGUAAUGACUUUACCUGUUGCUCUGUAACAGCAUGUGUGUUAUACUGGUAAAUAUACAGUACAUCAAUGUUUAAUACAGUACUCUGCAAAGGUUGCAGGCACAAAAAGUUAAGUGAGGAAUAUGUGAAAAUGUUGCUGAACUUUGGGAACUGGAAAACACACUGCUGAUCCAGAUGCCCAAUUCAGCACUGGUCCCAUAUUAUUCUGGGGUUUAGACGGCUGGAGUAAACUGAAGAAAGCUAGAAAAAAAAAGGGAAAUGGAAUUUCAAUAAAAAUUGAAUUGUUGAAAUGAAACAUCCCUUGAAAUUUCUUUCAGUAGAACUGGACAACUGCUUGCCUACAUAGUCCAUUUUACCCUUUAUAUGUUUUGUACUAUUAUUUCUUGUU